AUGCGCAUGGCCACCUUCACCACCGGUCCCUAUAUUGAAAUGGCCACCGCCCUAGGCACACUGGUAACUCUCAAAAUCGAGCACGAUAAGACCGGCGAGCAUCAAGUCCUGUGGCGACUGCCGCUGACCAAUGAUGGUGCCAUAGCUCACGUCUCAAUUGAUGACUGUGAGCAGUAUGUUCGCUGGCUGUUUGAUAACCAAGAACGCGCCGAUGGGAUGGAUCUUGCUAUGACCAUCGAGCACGUUCACUAUGCAGAAUUGGCCGCAGCAUUCGAACAUGUGACGGGACAUAAGGCUCAAUUCAUCAAUAUUUCAUCUGAGGAGCGCUGGAAGGAUGGGCCGAUGAGCAGCAGAGGCGAAAACGCAAGUGGCGUUCAAGUAAAUAAGGGUGAGCCAGACUCAAUGACAGUAAGAGAAAACUUUACCGGCUUCUGGCAUCUUUGGCGAGAUUCUGGAUACAAUAAGGGCUUGAUCAAGAGAGACUACAAACUGUUGGAUGCGAUUCACCCUAAGUAA